AUCGCACGUCGAUCAAUGGACUUUUGGGAGGCAACAAAUUUUCUCCUGUGUACUAGUUUGUCAAAUGCAUUUUCUGAGGAAUUCUCAUGUUAUGAUGGCACAGGAGUCGAGGUGAAAAGUGGUGAGCCUUGCCCAGUAGAAGCUGGGCAAGGCAGGAUCCUGCAUCUUUCACAGGCUUGUCUUGGUGAGGUCAAGAAGGACAAAGGGAAUGACUGCGUUUACCUAUAUGUCACUGUUGAUGGAAAGAAGCUUGUUCUCGGAACACUUUCUUCUGAAAAGUUUCCUCAGCUACAGUUUGACUUGGUGUUUGACGACAAAUUUGAGCUAUCCCACAGCUGGAAAAAUGGCAGUGUCUACUUCCAUGGAUAUAGAUGCGAUAAUCAAUCAGAGGAAAUUGAGGAUGACUCUGAUGAUGAGUCUGAGGAGGAUUUGCCUGCUAAUGUUGCGGACAAAGGAAAACCUGAGUCACAGGCUGCGCGUGAGAACCCUCCUGCAACUCAGAAUGCAACUAGGGCAAGACCUGAUUCAGCUGUAUCAAAGAAGAAGGUGAAGAUAGUGGAGCCAAAGAAAGACAUGAAAACCGUUGAGGAAGAUGACAGUAGUGAAGAUGACUUCGGUGCAGAUUCUUCUGAGGAUGACUCAGAUGAGGUAUUUUUUCAGUCAAAAGCUUGUCAUUGUUCUUUUUCUCACGUUUCAGUGGUUGAUGAAGAUGAUUCUGAGAGUGGAGAAGGUGAUACUGAAGAUGAUGAAGAGGAAGAAGAGACUCCUAGGAAGGUUGAACUGAGCAAUAAGAGACCUGCGGUAUCUGCUACUGCAACACAAGAUCCUGAUAAGAAAGCAAAAUUUAUUACCCCUCAAAAGACAGAAACCAAGAAAGGAGGGGGACAUGUUGACACACCUUACCCAUCGAAGCAGGCUGGAAAAACUCCUGCCAACCAGUCAAAACAGCAGACCCCAAAACCAGCUGGAUCUCAUCCGUGCAAGUCUUGUAACAGGUCAUUUAACUCAGAAAAUGCUUUGGAUUCUCAUACGAAGGCCAAGCACACUCCGGGGAAGUAAGUGGAUUUAAAGAAGCAAUAUUGUCCUCCUUGGGCUGUGGUGAACCUUGUUUGGCAUGGAAGUGUAGGUGAAGUUUAGUUUUCUAGGUUAUGGUUAACGAAACUAAGCUUUGGUGUCAAGUAGCAUUUGCUGUGGUGAAUUGCAUGCGUAGUUAACUGGUGAAUUGCAUAUAAAGUUGCCCAAGGUCGUCUGAUCUUUAUGUGGUGGUGCUUUUGCUCUUCACUUUUGAAAGUGAACUGUUUUCCGGUGAUUAGUUA